CGUAGCGACGUUCCGUGGUCCUGCCUGCCCUUCACAUCCGUCCACAUUCUAGCAGACUCCGUUUCCAGACGCAGCACUAUGGCCCUGCUCAAGUCCAACAAGGUGAUCCACUGUCUGGGGAACAUCUCCCCCUGCCUGGGAGUUUUGUCCACCCGCAGCAGCUCAUGGUGGGGGGGUGUUCAGAUGGGUCCCCCCGAUCCCAUUCUGGGUGUCACCGAGGCCUUCAAGAGGGACACCAACCCCAAGAAAAUGAACCUGGGUGUUGGAGCCUACAGGGAUGACCAGGGCAAGCCCUUUGUGCUGAGUUGUGUCCGCAAGGCUGAAGCUUUGAUUGCAUCCAAGCAGAUGGAAAAGGAGUACCUUCCCAUCGGGGGUCUGGGGGAGUUUAACAAGGCCUGUGCUGAACUGGCUCUUGGUGAUAAUAAUGAUGUCUUGAAGAGUGGCAGGAGCAUCACUGUCCAGACCAUCUCAGGAACUGGAUCUCUGCGCGUUGGAGCCAACUUUUUGUCUCGUUUCCACGCGGGUCCGCGUGAUGUGUACCUUCCCAAGCCCUCAUGGGGAAACCACACGCCCAUCUUCAGAGACGCUGGGAUGCAGCUCAAAGCAUACCGGUACUACGAUCCCUCCACCUGUGGCUUUGACUUCAAAGGAGCUUUCGAGGACAUCUCUAAAAUCCCGGAGCAGAGUGUGAUCCUCUUGCAUGCUUGUGCCCACAACCCAACAGGUGUGGACCCCAGGCCUGAGCAGUGGAAAGAGAUUUCUGACAUUGUGAAGAAAAGGAACCUGCUCGUGUUCUUUGAUAUGGCCUAUCAGGGCUUUGCCAGUGGAGACAUCAAUCGUGAUGCCUGGGCUGUGCGCCACUUCAUCGAACAAGGCCACAACAUCGUGCUGUCCCAGUCCUUCGCUAAGAACAUGGGACUCUAUGGUGAGCGUGUGGGAGGCUUCACUGUGGUGUGUAAUGAUGCAGAGGAAGCAAAGAGAGUGGAGUCCCAGAUUAAAAUCCUCAUCAGACCCAUUUACUCUAACCCACCGAUUAACGGUGCAAGAAUCGCAACUACCAUCCUCAACACACCGGAUCUCCGUUCACUGUGGCUUGAAGAGGUGCACGGUAUGGCUAACCGCAUCAUUAAGAUGAGAGAGCAGCUGGUGGCUGGUCUGAAAAAGGAGGGCUCCAGCCACAACUGGCAGCACGUCAUCGACCAGAUUGGGAUGUUCUGCUUCACAGGCCUAAAACCUGAGCAGGUUGAGCGCUUGAUAAAUGAAUUCUCAGUGUACAUGACCAAGGACGGCAGGAUUUCCAUGGCAGGCGUGACCUCUGGAAACGUGGGCUACCUGGCACAUGCGAUCCACGAGGUCACCAAGUAGAGCGCGUCCUGCUGGGAGAGCUACAAAAUCAAAGCAGCAGGGUUAAACUGAGGCUUUAAACCUCACUUGCUGUCUGCUCCAUUCCACCUUUUAGAAAUGAGCUCAUUAUUUAGUUAGACCUUUUGUUUGGAUUUCAUCAUGAGUUUCACAGUCUGAAUGAUUGCUGCUUAUAAAUGGUUUAAUUUCCAGUUAAUGUAUGUCAUUUAUCCAGCAUCUCUGCUACCAGUCGCCCCUGCCAAAUUGUAAAGCAUUUUCUCCCUCGGAGUCAGAUAAUGUUUCAUUUUGAUUUUGGAUAUCAUGUGCAAUCAGCUUUUAGCUUUGUCUUCUAAGUGUGUCCUGUUACUCUGAUUGGGCCUCACUUGUUUAAGACAUCAGAAAACAUUAAAUUUGUGGCACUUAAUGGGCUCUACAGCACUGUUUGACUCUGGCACUUUUUUUUUUUUUUUAUCAUUAGGCUUUACUGUACCUCAUUUACUGAUUGACAAAUGCCUGGUGAUAAUGCACUCACUGUCAGCUUGUGACUGUGGUCAUCUGAACGGUCAAUCAGUCAGUAAUCAAAUCUCCUGUCAAUGUUUAGAAUAUCCCCUAUCCCUCGUAUGCAGCACUUUUCCCAGUUGGGUUUGUGAAUCUCAUACUGGUUCCACAUUUUAACCUCCUAAGAAGCAAAUGAGCCAAAAUUAUUUCUUGAAAUCCAGGCAGAAAGAAUUAGUAAAUUUUGUAUUUGUUGUUCUCUCAAAUCAAAUGCCCACAGGCUUAUAUUUAAACCCAGUACAGAUGUCUCUAUAGAUGAGUGGGAUUUUUGACACUGGAUAGUUCAGUGAGCGUGUUGAUCUUAAGGCACAGAUGCUAUUUAACUCCAGUCUGCUCAUUGCCUUUGUUUUUCAUACUGUCAGAAAUUCAUGGAUCACUGGUCAUUAAAGAGAUGAUAAAGUAA